UCCACCUAAACACAUGUCAACCUCUCCUUCACUUUACUAACGUGUUCAACAAAGAAGGGGUCCACGACCUCUUUCCUCCCUCUUCUCUCUUCUGCAGGUCAAAGCAACCAGCCAAAUUCCUAUCCCCAAUUCUUUCCCUUUCCUACCCGUCUUCUUCUUCUCUCCUUCUUUCCUUCUCUGCAAAACUACUUCACCUCAUCCCAGAAUUCAAAAUUCAAAAUUUAAAAGUUAAACUCUCUCUCUCUCUCUCUCUCUCUUAUUUACCAUGAACGAACACACAAAUGCUAUGACUUUUCAUCUUCAUUUUAGAGUGAUCCAUGGUUGGAUGUUCUUCAAGAACAGGUUUGUAUGUCUCAUCAACAGUCAGAUCUGCAUCAAUGUUAGGUGUUUUCGGUAGAGAUGGAAUUCCACCACUGAUCGGUGCCUGAUUUGGUGGGGUUAAACCCGUACUGCAGCGACAUAUCAGAUUCCAGUCAAGCCUAGGGUUCCGGCGAGUACUUAGAUCGACGAUCUCUCCUAAAUCGCUUCAAAACCCUAAUCGCCCCCAACAUUCAUGUUACACGAGAUCAAGCUUCCAUCACAUUACUAUUUCUAUAUGGAAUCACAAACAACAAUGAAUCAGAUUAGCACUCUCACUAUCGGGUUGUGUUAGAGCCAUUGCAACAACCUAUGACGUCUUAUCAGGUUAGGUAUUUUAAUAAAUACUUUAUAGUGGCAAAGUGUGGUGUAAAGAACAAAAGCAAUGAUGUGGAGCGAUGCAUGUCACAGUUGGUGAUUCCUACAAUCCCUGAACUUUACAAAACAUGGACAUGUAGUGUCGUGAAUGUACAACUGGAUGCUCGGCUCGCAACUAUCAGAGAAACGGCUGCAGGAGGCAAGAAGGUUUUGGAACAACACGUGUCAUCUGUUGACAGAAUCACAUCGAAUGCCAAAAGAAAAUGGCAAGAUUUCUAUAUGCAAGCGGAAAACGAUGCUAAAGAGAAUGCAGUUUUUGCUGCUGCAAAACACUGUCGUUUCGAGUCGGUGUUACAAAAAACUGUUGAUGCUACUGUAUCGGCUCUAAACCAUUCAAAAACAACACAUGACUCGGUGAUUGAAAUGGGAAAACAACAUCUCACAGCAGUGGACACCCUUAUCAGGAGCGCGUUAGAUAGUAAUGAUCGGCAUGAUCAUGAGUUUAAUUCUUUAAGGGUGACUACUAAAGAUGACGUGUUGAAGACCAGUGAAGAUAUAUCAAAGCACACAGACAGUAAGUUUCUUUGAAACAUGUAUUUUUUGACUUUCUCUUUUGUUUUUUUAUAUUUUUGUGGUAAUGUUUACAUAUAUUUAUGAUACACGAGCAAAAAUUUACAAUUUUUUAAGGGUAAUAAGUUAUUAUUUA